AUGUUUUCUGUGGGUCAGCUAGUUAACGUGGAAUCCCGGACAUGGCCUGGAAUCAACCAGCCCGGUGGCGUUGGGCGUAUCACUGGAUUGGGGCGUGAUCGGGUUAGCAUCAAAUACGUGCUUGAUGGGCGCCACGAAAAAGAGGUUGAUAUCCAAUACGUUCACGCCCAAGAGCAGCUAUCGUCGAGGAGUCUGCGUAAUCGCUCUAUGCUCUUGGGUCGUUGUCGCAAUUGCGGUUCCCUCAGGAGAGAUUGUGGAUCGUGCGAUAUGUUGCACGCCGUGCAGAACGAUAGGAGUAUCUUGGCUAGCGAAACGGUGGGUCCAAUGGAAGAACCAAUGCUUUUACAGACUUCCGUCGAGUCUGACGAUAGCUUGGACCGCAUAGACAUGGGCUUAAAGAAACGCUUUCGCAAAUUUCGGAAACUCAAAGCGAUGGCUCGACGUCUCCAAGAAUCGUCAAGCGACAACGAUAGCAAGUCUACAGCAACCAGUCAAUUACAUUCUGGAAAACGCACACAGGCGCGCUACAAAACUGAUGUGUCAGAGGAAUCGACUGCCUCUAAUGACGAGGACGACAAUGUCCUUCUUGAGCAAUUUAUAGCACCAAAAACACCACCACUGAGGCGGUACAGACCGAGGUUUCGACAUGGAAAAUUGAGCUGUGGCCGCUGGGCACGAAAAGCCAACACCGGGAAAGCCAAAAAGCGAAAAGUCAGCAUGAUUGAGUAUUUGGAGCAUGAUGAAAAGGACAAUCGAUCUGAAUCAAAUUUCGACGGAGAACAUGUCUUUCAGCUCUCGUUUGCUUCCGCGGAAAUCGACGGCUCUAGCAGUGAAGACUCUGUGGUCGAUGCGAACCUUUCGCUAUCACAUGGAAAGGAGACAGAAGAGAAUGUUUCAGAUUUGGACGAAUCGAUUCUGUCACGCGACCACGUUGAAAAUACAGAAAGUGAUUUUAUUCAGCCGGAAGGGGACGCCGACGAGCUUCCCCGCGAUGUCGAAGAUCAAACUGGCAAAGUGCCAUUUGAGAGGCUCCCGUUUUUCUUUGAUGAAAAAGCAAAUGUCUUGGAAAAGGAAAGGAUACCUGAGGCUGGAGCGAAGAUUUUUGAAUUGGAAAGGCGAUGGUCUCGAGCAGAAACAAUGGAGGAGAAAGAGACAGUAUUGUGUGAAUGCAAGAGCCUUCGCAAUGAGAUGAUUGAGGCAUUGAUUCGGAACGGAUCUGAUCAAUGCCAGACUGCCUUACGGAAACUUUCGAGUCGGCGACUUUAUAAAAGACACAGAUCAAUGCUAAGUUCGAAAGAAAGAGAUGAGUUUCGAUCUUCCGCAAUGGAUAUUCGUGACAUGAUCUGCGAUGCACUUUGCAACUCCAUUGAACGUCUAAUAAUUAGGAUUCGCCAACUAAGUCGAGUUGCUACUAUGGAUUUGGACAAUCGCGUGGAUUUAGAAUUUUCAGAGGACUGUGAAGGAGAUGAUUGCUGGACCAGUCGUGAGGAAUUACCCCUUGAACGCUCUUCAAUCGCCAGCGACACUAUAGAGCAUAAACUUGAAAGAAUGCUAGAACCGUGCGAUCCUCAUAUGCAUGCAAGAUUCAAGCGAAGAAAGCGCCAUCGCGGAAAAAUUCGCCCUUCCAAUGUUGAGCUCUGGGAAAGGAAGGGCGACAGACAUCCUCACGGCGUACCAUGGAAGCCUGCCGUUAACUCGGGAGAAGGAGGAAUGAGAUCAGACCAGAAUCACCCACAAAAUAUCUACGAAUCUGCCAUAUACUCUACGCGCGGCGACGUAAAAUAUGUUCCUACUUCUGUGGAUAAGUUCCACAAUCCUCUACAAAAUGAUACAAACCGCGAGAAGAAACGAUCGAAAGGACAGAACGGAGCGCUGUCUCCUUCGCGUUUCUGGAACGAUGAGAGAAACUACAAGGAAAGGGCAAACGCAAUUUCGAGAAUGGAACAUUUUAUAGAGGCGAAUUCUACUUUCGAUAGCAGUACUUCUUCCGAUGGAAUCUGCCAGAAUUUUCGAAAGAAACGUAGCCUUCAAGCCAAAGAAUCUUUUAAGAUGAGGAAUGCAACCAAGGAUACUGUAGUGGUACCCGGUGUAGGACAGGCAGCCUUACCAACAUAUGAGCCUCGAACUGAUCUUUAUCGUGCUCUCGGGGAGCACGGUGGCAACAGCGCACUUAUCGAACAUGAGGAUCUCCAGGUAGACAAGGCCGAUAUUUCCUUAGUCUGUGAGAUGCUCUGUGGGAGCUGCUCUUACGAAAAGGAAAGCUCACUUUUGAAAAAACUACUGGGCACAGUUCGUGGUGGUAGCUUCGACACUUCAGUUUAUGGUUCCUUAGUGUUUACUGUUUUACUUGAGAAAUUACGCUCAAAUGGUAGUCCUGUACUUCAGGAAUUACUCGCGAAACGAAGCCAGAAAUUCGGCGUUCACUGCCAGCUUCUUUCUACAAUUCUUGAGCUACUUCGAAUGAAGGCCAAUUCUGGGUUGGAUUCAGGAGGAGUCGUGUACGAAAUUUUUGCCCCCGGAAAAAGCAAUUGUCUAGUGAAAUGGAUUGUGUUACAACUUGUUGAGGCUGUCCUUUCACUUGUUCAUCCAAGGGCGUGGUCUCUGAAACAUAUCGACACAAAGAAAUCGCUGCGCGAGUUAGAAGUGUUGAGAGCUGCCUUGGCAGAGCACUGUCACGUCCUGGAUCGAGCCUGUCGCUGUAUCAUGGAGGAAUUACAACCGCAGCAAUGGCGAUGUGAUUUAGAAAGCCGAUUCCCUUUUGUCUCUUCUAUCGACCCAGACUCGUGGCGACUUUUCUUGCAUGAUGGUUUACUUUCUCCGGCUACGACGAUUGGUCGAUUUCACAUUUUAGGUGAGUGGCUUCCACGUAGAGAAGUGGAGGGGAUGUGGUGUGCACUUGCUUUUUUUGCUGCGCAAAAAUCUUCUGUUCCAAUUCAGGGUAGCUUUUGCUGGAAACUUUUAUCGAGAUUAGUUUCUUGUGGAAUAAUUGGAGACAUUGACCAAGAGGAAGAGAAAUUACCGCCAUGCAGCGACCAGCUUGACACUUGUACUAGAGACUUACAAGCGGCCGCGAUGUUGAUUCUCUCUGGAUCAAUGGACGGAACGCGAUCUGAGGAUUCUUUUGUCACUACUUUUAUACGAAGAGCCUUGAUGCUAAAAGCAACUGAGUUGUUUUACUGCGAGGAUGCGAGACUUUUGAUGCUUCCUUCGGCUACUGACCUUACAGGCGAUAAGCGGACGCUGCGAACGCUUUGGUCUCAGUGCGAUACAAACGGACAAAAAGUGUGCUUCUCGAAUUGCAAAACCACUGACUGUGGAGGAGAUUGGGAUCGCACAUCAUCGAUCUUAUUUUUGGGGCGUGAUCUCGUACAGCCCCUGUCCGUCCUGCUGAAAGCUUGUUUGUAUUUGCUAGCCUCCUGGAGCAGCAAGGUUUCAAUGCACAAGUCCCGGCGGAAGCGCUUCGCGAUGGCAUUCUCUGUACUCGUGAAGCGACUUAUCAGUGAUGCGAAUAACAGCAACUAUAUUGAAACACCAAAACGAUCGACAAAGACAACAAUUUUGUUCGAGGAAGCCUUUUCCUCUGCAUGUCCGUCAAAGUAUGGACUAGGUUCAGCACGACGAUCAAUCUUUUUGCUUGAAAGCGCCGGAUAUAUAAACAUGAGUGUUUCAUUUGCAGCGUCUCUCGAGGUGGAUUCUACAACAAACACAAGGGACUCACUGACCUGCUGGAAAAUAGAGCUCUGCCAACAAAGUUGGACUACUAUCGCUGAUUUUUGUAUGAAAGAACGCCAAACGCAUAUUUUGCGUGGAAGAAUUGGAGCUCACAAUGCUGAGCACGUAGAUGACCCCUGUCGAUUGCUAGCCGCCGCUAAACUUUGUUCGCACGUCGCCUUGACUCUCCUUGGCUUUCUUCCUUUAAAGACUGACUUGUGUACCUCCACUAUGCAACGGGGGAAAGUGUUUUCGGAUUUUCAAGCACUCAUGGCCUCCGUGAAGUAUCUUAUCUCAUGCAUGCUAGCGUGCGUUGAUUGUGCCUGUGACAUUCGUGAAAACGCUGAAAUUGUGGCCACAGUCACAACGAAUCUUUCACUUGUUUUGCGGGGUGUUGCAAUUUCGUUUCACAGGUAUUCUGAGAAAUCUGAGUCAAGUGCUGCUUCUGAUAGUGCUUUUCUACACAUGCUGAUUCCAACAUUUCAGAAGGGCUUCGUCAUGCUUUCAGGAGCAUCCUUCUGCGGCCCCGAGGAAGAUCUUUGCUUGAUGUCACUGCUUCUUGUUCUACGGCAGGUAUUGCUAUUGUCUUUUGGAAAAAACAGCGACUCUGAAACAUUACCUUCUAGCACAGACCGCGUACACAAUGACCUCUGGGGCGGAAUUGACGAUUCAGCCUUAACUAAAUUCCAAGAAGGUUUGGGCUUGUUUCCAAACCCCAUCGGCGUGGAUUCGGGGGAAAUCUGUGCCCUUCUGAUCGGCGCGAUCAGUAGCUCGAAGCCAUCGACAAGAUUUAAAAUCAUUUCAGCAGUUUCUGGGAUGAGCACGCAUGGGAAAAUGCUGGUGACUCGCCAUGUUAGGGAGCUGGCAGUUUGUCUGGCACACUUCGUGGCUGCUAGCGAUACCACUGGACCGCAGUCUGCUCAAGGCCACGUUGCUUUAUUUUUGAGCCGCCCGCAGGUGCCAGCAGGCUUUGCGGCUGAGACCAAUGCUGACGCUGAGUUUUUCGAUGAUGUGGCACGGAUGAUCGUCGACGAGUUGCUCCGUCUCGUGGAAACGUCUACAACCGUAGCUGUAUUUGUGCGCGAACACAAGGAAAUUAUUGCGCACCACUUGUUUUUGUUCGUCCUCGAUCCAACAAUAAUUAAAAAAGUUCCCAGUUCGAACCUCUCGAGGUUUGAAGCUAACAGCAAUUUUGAUAGUGCCGCAAAAGAAUACGGGCGAUACAAGGAAUGGCUCCGAGGGAACGAGGGCUCCUUGCGGGUUUCGGUAGAUUACGUAUGGAAGGCAUGCGUCGGAUUCGGCAAGUGCUUGCAACAUGGAGAUAGUGAGACAUCGCAUACAUGGGCAAAACUCGGAAAGUGCUUGCAAAAUUUUGAUAUCGAUUUCGACGACUCGUCAGCACUCGGAUUGAAACCAUCACUUGAAGCAGAAUUUCUGCGCCGACUCCGCUUAUUCCGUGUAGUCGUCACUACAUUCUUGGAAAAGCCAUGCGUCAACUCUGAAAUUACUGCGCUUGUCACGUUCGUCAUCGCAACGGCCUCCAACCAUUUAUAUCGUCUCCUUUGCUCAUUGAAAAGGAAAUUACCUUGUGAGGGUGAAACGGGGACUUAUGACUUCGCUCAAUCCGUGGAGCUUUUCCUAGUAUUUGCUGAGUUUAUGAUCGCAUUGCUUGCCUGGAUAGCCUCAAAAUGUGUCCCCACCAAUCAAGGUCUCACUGAGCUCCUCUAUUCGGUCUCAAACCAUUUUCUUGUUCCUUUACUUCUAAAGAAUGAUUUCGACGUGGAAGUAGGUCUGCAAGCGGUGGUUACAGCGGCUCGACAACCGAUGUCGACGAGCAGCAAGAUUCCGCAGAUUGCUCCAGGCUCAUCAGCGAUAUGUCCUUGGCGAGAAGAUCUUCAGAAAAUGGUGGUGCGACGAAGCCGUGAGUGGAUUAGAGCGAUUGCUGAAGAUCGAAAUGCAGGGGUCAGUAAAUUGUCUAGCCUGCAUUUGGCACUCGUGCAGGCUGCGGUUAAGGACAGCAAUGAAGCAGCCGUUCUCUUCGGUGUCGCUCUGUCUCCGAUCGUUGGUUUGCCAAGACCUACGGAGGCGUCUGUGGGAGUUUUCCCGAAAGCGGUGUUCCAAUACUUUGACAACCUGGAAAUUACAUUUCCUCCCAAUUUAACAGAAUUGAAAUCGAUUACCGAUCUGAUGAAGCAUACGUUAACGAGUCUUCUUCCAAAUUUGACCUUUGAUCGAGUUGCGUUGGGAGAGAAGAUGGGCGCUCUUGUAGUUAUUCGAUAUGUCCUGGAUUCAAUGCAUGAGGAGGAAAUGAUUCCUGUCAUACCAACUGGGGUUGAUCAAUCCUUUCUUUGUUUUUUAGUCGAUCGUCUCUUAGGUUCAAUGCGCGGAGUUCUUUUGAAGGAGACAGUGGACGACGCUUUAGUUGCUGAAAUCUACCACACAAGCCUGUCGAUUUUUAAACUUCCUGCAGCCAGUACAUGUGAUAGAGACGCCUGCAGCGCGGUAGGUUGGUUGUUGGAUUGGUGUCGAAUGGUUGAUUAUUCAGUUCGAGACGAGGGAGAAGCCAAUUCCGAAACGCUAGUGGAAGCCAAAUACCUGCUUGGGUUUGCGGAUUGGAUGAUUUGCUUCAGCAAGCGUAUACAAGACGGGACGAUCGAGCCGUAUCGCCAGGCCUUGCGGGUAUUGAAUCUUACAGUUAGUGACAGACGAAGCUGGCCAGAUCCAUCACACAAGCUGUUCCAAGCAUCAGAUAUUCUAUUUCCGAGUCGGGAAGCGAAAUCUUCAAUCACAAAUGUUUACGCAAUUUCGCAGAAGGCGAAGGUAAAAAGCCAAUCCUUCAAACCUUGGGAACCAGGCGAGGUGGUUUAG